AUGCUUUUGUCAUGGAGCUACGACAGUUGGUUUAAAACAAACCUUCGAUGUUCCAAGAAAACCUUUUUACGCGUCGCCAACUUCCUACAAUGUCAGGGGGUUCGAUUCGCUGCGGCGAAAUCGAAGCAGCACUCCUAUAACAAAAAGGUCUCUGCUGCGCUUUACCUCAUGGGUUCGACCGGAGGAUACAGGGAGGAUGGAGGUGCAAUGGGUAUGUCUAGGAGCUACGCUUCAGAAAUUACUGCAGAAGUUGUUCGAGUUCUAAGGGCUGCAGCUCCCCAAAUUGUGGCAUUUCCACGGGACCAAGGCGGUUGGGAUGCAAUCGAGUCAGAAUUUGCGGCGCGACAUGGGUAUCCUGGUGUCGUAGGUGCAACUGAUGGAUCUCUAAUUGAAGUCGAGCGUCCCUACGAGUUUGAUGGUUUUUAUUGCCGCAAGUGCUACCCGGCGUUGAAUGUGCAAGCGAUCGUCACCAGUGAUAAUGUUUUCUUGAGUGCUGAACAAAAUUGGUCGAACGGUAUUCAGUACGAUACCACCAGGAACUCAUUUUAUUGGUGA